GGGGCGCGCGACAGUUGGCGAUUGCAUCCAGAAGACGCGCGCUGCGUCGUCACUCGCGUCUCGCGACCCUCGUGUCCUCUCUCGGUGGCAUCGGGAUAUUAUAUAGAAAUAGGCAGAGAUAAGGGUUGCGGGAUUCAAUCGGUAUAUGAAUUUAUUGACAAUAAAGAAAUUUAGGGUAUACGAGUGAGAGCGAGAGAGAAGGAAUGAAAUAAAAUGAACCUAUACGAACAAUAAUAACAAUAGUGAUAAGGCUUACCGAUAAGAUUAUUAUCACAAGCGCGAACUCGGAUCGAAGAAUUGGGUAGAUUUUAUAAAAAAAAAAAAAAAGAAAAAAAAAAAAAAAGCGAGAAAAAAAAUAUCUUGCCGGAUAACGGAAGUUUCGUUAGCGACACAGAAGGUGAAAGUGAUUUUUGGGUUUCCAUGAUACGCGUAAGAUCCAGAAGUUGAUCUCCGUGCGAAUCCGACGACUUCCGUUAUUGCGAUAGCGUCGCGACGGAGUCCCUUCAGGCGCUCGUCUCAUUCCUCCACUUCUUCGUGCUGCAUCCCGGCUGGGACGUCGUCGAGAAGACGGGAUCGCGUCGGGGCUAUCGCGCGCCGGAAGUACCGAUCAGACGCACCAGGAGAAGGAACGCGGACGUGCAACAAGUUAAGAGGAGGCCGUCGCGAUGUGACAUGGAUAUCCUAGGCGUAGCCUGCGCCGUCGUCGCGGCGGCUCUCUACUACAAUACACUCCACGCGGGAUUUGUCUAUGACGAUCGAAGAGCCAUACUGACGAAUCCUGAUCUGUUGCCAACUUCACCCUGGAGCAGACUGCUCGAGGACGACUUCUGGGGUACUCCGUUACGUGAGCGCGGUUCCCAUGGGAGCUAUAGACCCCUUUGUGUAGCCACUUUUCGGCUUAAUCAUCUCCUCGGUGGUUUGGACCCUCGAGGCUAUCAUCUCGUGAACGUCGCUCUCCACGCAGCCUGUGCUGGUCUGGUUGUUAGGGCGGCGAGGAAGAUCUUACCGGGGCAGAAUCUAGCGCAGGCCAUAGCUGGUCUCCUCUUCGCCGUUCAUCCGAUUCACAGUGAGGCCGUAGCUGGGAUCGUAGGUCGUGCCGAUCUACUGGCCUGCCUUCUAACCCUGAUCGCCUUCCUGGCGUACGCAGCGCACUCUGCCGAGAGUCGCUCGCCCAUCCCGCUAGCCGUGACGUUGGUAUCCUCCAUCUUGGCCACCCUGGCCAAGGAGACCGGUAUCUCGUCCCUGGCUCUGUGCCUCCUGUGGGAGGUGUGCCGCGGGGAGCCCGAUAGAAAGGGUACAAGCGGCUGGACAAGACGUCGCAGCGUGAGCGUCCUCUCAGGAGGGUUGCUGCUCCUGGUCCUGGGCAGAUUGAAAGUGGGUGGCGCUCCUCCGGAGUUUGCCAGUGCUGACAACCCCAUAGCUAGACAUCCAUCAAGGCUGGUCCGUGGUCUGACCUUCCUCUAUCUACCAGCCGUCAGCGCCAGAAUGCUGCUCUGUCCCAGUACUCUGAGCUUCGACUGGUCCAUGGAUGCUGUGCCCAGGAUCACCAGUCUCCGGGACCCGCGCAACCUAGAGUCAGCUUGCCUCUACGCCGCUUUAGCAGGAGCUGGACUUUGGGCAGCCCGAGGACUACGCGGAGGAUCAUCCUCGAGGUGUCCCGUCUGCUCCGGCAGAAGGACCGGCUGCCAUACAGACAGAUGCCGUGCAGCAAACAACAACAACGGUCCCAUCGGCGUCUGUUACUGCCCCAAGAAGCCAAUAUCCUUCCCGAGCACGACCUUCCCUGCUGCCGUGGCCACCUCCAUCGGCUUCCUGGCUCUUCCCUUUUUACCAGCCAGCAAUCUUCUUUUCUACGUCGGCUUCGUCAUCGCGGAGCGCGUUCUCUACUUACCCAGUGUCGGUUCCUGUCUCCUAAUCGGUGCAGCCGUUGCUGGGGCUUAUCGUGUCGCCAGAAGAAUCUCAAGAGCCUGGGGCAGGGCUGUGCUACUGAUAACGGCUCUUCUACUAGCUAUCAUGUCAGCCAAGACACUCAGAAGAAAUCUCGACUGGUACGACGAGGAGAGUCUCUACAGAUCGGCGCUUCAUGUGAAUCCGCCAAAAGCCUACGGAAAUUUGGGAAGCGUACUGAGUGCUCAGGGACGAGUAUCAGAGGCAGAGGAAGCCUUCGUACAAGCCCUUAGACACAGACCCAACAUGGCGGACGUCCACUACAACCUAGGAAUAUUGCAGCAGGGCAGAAGAAAUUACGAGGAGGCCAUCUUGAGUUAUCAAAGGGCCAUCCACUUCCGGCCUUCCUUGGCUCAGGCAUACGUCAAUCUGGGUGCUGCUCUUGCGUCUUCCGGUAGGGGUAGCGAAGCUGCUGCCGUUUUACGUGCCGGUGCAUCCCUCGAUGGGUCUGGGUUAAAGGACAGAAGAGCGCACGAGGCUGCUAGGGUCCAAGCGCUACUUCAGCUGGGUGCACUUUACGCGGACCAAGGAAGACUUCAGAGAGCCUUGUCUGCAUACAGGGAGGCCCUUGGGGCCUUGCCGGAGCACUAUCCACCUCAGAGCGUCUACAAUCUACUGGGCGAGACCUUAUCCAGGUUGCAGCAGUACGCAGAAGCUGAGAGAUGGUUCCAGGCCAGUCUGGCUAGUCAGCCUGACCACGUGCCUGCUCAUAUCACUUACGGAAAGUUGCUAGCACGUAACUCCAGUCGAGUCUUGGAAGCUGAAAGAUGGUUCCUGAGAGCCAGAAGGUUGGCGCCCCAGGAUCCCAGCGUACAUCACCAUUAUGGAGCGUUCCUCGCGUCUCAAGGUCGUCUAGCGGAAGCUGCCGAAGAACAGUUGAGGGCUGCCGAACUGUCCAAGAUGGACUACGAGCUGUCGAUGGCUGCGGCGUCGGCGUUGCGUCAAGCCGAGCGUUGCGAAGAAGCCGAGAGUUGGUACAGGCACGCAGCAUCCCUGAGACCUCACGAGGCCAGAAGUCAUACCAACCUCGGGGCGAUUCUUCAUCUCAAUGGAAAAUACAAACAAGCAGCCGCCGCUUACAGAGAAGCCCUGAGGCUUCAGCCGGGAGACGCAACGACUCUGACCAAUCUCCACAAGCUUGCAGCCCUCUUGGCGUGACGCAGGACCGAGCUGGAGAUGCGAGAGACCCCGGCCCUGCCCCCCAAAUACCUAACCCCAAAGUGUACAAUAUACCCCAAAAUCAUCCGUAACAUCACCCCGCUCCUCCCAGCGUUUAUUUAUCCACGAGAUAAUCGAUCAGACGCGUCCAGAUUUAUUGGCCACCUGAUCGACGCGACCGACUCGUACGCCUCAGCUACGGUAUGUAAAGAAUAAAGCUUCAUUUAUUUUUCUCUAAUA